CCAGACAAGCUAUUCUGGGCAUGCGCGCCGCCGUAGUCUAGCCUUGGCUCGCCUAAAACGAUUUUAGCCAGCCUGGUAGGGGUGUUUUGGCAGGUGACCAUGGCUACUUUGCGGAGGCUGCUGGAGGCGCCACGACACUUGCUGGUGUGUGAAAAAUCCAACUUUGGCCAUGGCAAGUCUCGGCACCGGCAGCACGUGCAGACGCACUACUACAACUAUAGGGUAUCAUUUCUGAUUCCUGAAUGUGGGAUACUAUCAAAAGAACUGAAAAACCUUGUCAUGGAGAUUGGACCAUACUACUUGGUGAAGAAUUUACCUCUUCAUGAAUUAAUCACAUAUGAAUUCAUCAAUAACUUUGUGAAAAAAGGUUCCUGUUAUGCCCUAACAUACAAUACAAAUAUUGAUCAAGACAAUACUGUGGGCCUAUUACCCAAUGGAAAACUAAUUUUGUCCCUGGAUAAGGACACUUACGAAGAAAUUGGACUUCAAGGUUGCCCAUCUCAAUACUCUGGUAGAAAAGUCAUGAGAUACAUUGUUACCCUUGAUUUGAUGGAUUUGUCCUUCAAUCCUGAAUCCAAGAAGUAUAAAAGAGCAUCUUGGGCCUUGAAUGAAAAGAAACCACUGAAAUUCAAUUUCCUUCUGGCUUGGCAUCAUGAAGGUGCAGGAGAGUCAACAACAGUGAUGUCAUAUUUUUCCAAAUACCAAAUUCAGGAGCAUCAGCCAAAAAUAGCAUUGAGCACAGUAAGGGAUCUUCAAUGUCCAUUGCUACAGAGUGGAGAACUUCAGGGGAAGCCUGAAGAAUCAUGCAGUGCACCAGAAUUCUUUGACUGGCUUGGCGCCAUCUUCAGUAAUGUGGAAUUAAAUAAUCAGUCAUUCAGUUUUGUAUCAACCUAUUCCUGUCCUCAACCAAGUACAUUGGUGGAAAAAGCUUAUUUGUGCACAAUCACUGGCUUCAUAGUCUCUGAGAAGAUAUACCUAUUACUGGAACAUCUGUGCCACUACUUUGAUGACCCAAAGUUAACUCCUUGGGUUACUUUGUCUGUCCAGGGCUUUGCAGAUAGCCCUGUGUCUUGGAGAGAAAAUGAACAUGGAUUUCGAAAAGGAGGAGAACACUUGUACAACUUUGUUGUUUUCAGCAAUCAGGACUACUGGCUUCAGAUGGCUGUGGGGGCCAAUGAUGACUGUCCACCAUGAGAAUAAACAAAACUGCCUGUGACUUUUUUUAUGGUAGACUUUGGAGACCUUCAUUACAAAGAAAUCGCAUACUUAGGAUGUUUGUUUGAUAUGGUAGCUUCUUAUCCAAAGACUGAUAUUCUUUGGGGGGGUUUUGCUCUGGUGACCAGGAUAUUUUUUCUUAAAACCUUUUUUAUUUCAUUUCAGAGAAUUUUGGAAUAACCAACAGAGUGAUUGCCACUCAAUUUGCAUCUUUAUAAAAACUAGUCCAGUGUUGCUUAUCUGCAGCUGCAAGGCAAGGCAAGCCAAGACUGGGAACUGGUAGGCUGAGGGCUGCAUAGGACAAUGAGGUGUUGAACCAGCAAAGCCGUGCAGCUUGGAGAGGGGCUGCUCUGUGGUUUGUUUAUGGGAACUGAGAAACUGAAAGGAUUUACUAAAUACUGAGCCCUCAUGUCUCAGGCAUUCAAGAGGAAUCAGGAACACAGUAGAUUCUGAGGGAGUGGGCCAGGGUCAGCAUCCAAGAUUUUGUCUUUAAUUGGAGGGAGAGCAGGCAAGAAGCACCAGUGAGAAGAUACGCUUUAGAUGCACUGUGUGGUUAUGAUUGAUGACCCACGAAUCAAGGUAAACUCCCUUUGGAUUCAUUCCAGUAUAUCCUAUUGGGUAGGAGUUGGCAGAUGUUCACUAAAACCAAUGAGAUUUUUCCUGCUGCUUCCAAGGUAGGCAAUACUGAUUACAGCAGAGAGAUUGUAUUCAUCUGACAGAGUAGUUCUUAACCUGAGGUACAUGAAUUUUGUUUAUUAAACCCUUACCUUCCAUUUUAGAAUCAAUACUGUGUGUUGGUUCUAAGGCAGAAGAGUGGUAAGGGCUAGGCAAUGGGGGUCAAGUGAUUUGCCUAGGGUCCAAACAUCUAGGAAGGGCCAGAUUUGAACCCAGGGCCUCCAUCUCUAGGCCUGGCUCUUGAGCCACCUAGCUCCUCCUGAAUGUUUUUUAAAAGAAUUUUGAGAACAGUAUUUUAAUAUAAUUAGUUUUCUUUGUAAAUUUAUACAUUUUAUGCAUCUAAAAACAUUAUUUUAAGAAAGAUCCAUAGACUUCAUUAAAGUGCCAAAGGGGUCCAUGACACAAAGAUUACAAUCCUCUGAUCCAACAUUGAAAAAGCAUCCUUCCAGUUUCUAACAAAGCAAGUACGCCUGCCAUCCAAAUGGACUCUAAUUUAAAGAAGUUGGGACCAUAGUGCAGUGGGUGUCCCAGGGCCACAAUCUUGGGGCUGGACGUCUCUGGAGAAGUCAUCUUGAUCGUCCUCUGGUGUGAAAGCAAAGGAGGGUGAGGGUCAGAAAGAGUAAAGUACUUCCUCCAAGUUACUCAGCUAGUGAGUGUCAGAGCUGAGACGGCAGGCCAGGUGCCGCUUCCCCAUCCAGACCUCUGCAUAGAUGUGCAGUCUAUGAGGCUAACUGGGUUCAAAGCAGUAGAUUUAUCAGGGCUCCUGGGAAUCCCACGGCAGGAGUACCUUGUCUUUUGUAAUAGGUGUGCACUUAGAACACACCUGUGUAAAUUAAGUGAUUUUAAAUCCAGUUGUUUUCUUAUUGUACCAUGUUGAUAACUUCCCAAAUGCUGGCCUCCAUUCCUUUACAGUACAUCCUCUUAAAAUGAUGAAAACCCACCUAAUAGAAUGAUGGACCAAUCGUAUAUAUGCCUUCCCACUUUUAUUAUUUGGUGAUUUUUUAAUAGAAAAGAGAGGCAUGAAAUUUAAAUAAUUCCAUAUACAUUUUGUCCAUUUCAUCUGCGUUUUGUUGACUUAAUGUCUUUAUUCAGUUUCUUGUAGUCUUUUUGUAUAUUUUUCUUGGGGCUCUGCUUUUUUCAGUCUAUAUUUACUAUUGAGUGCAUUUCUUGUGUUGUUAGUUUUAUAUAACUUUUCCAGGAAGGAUUCUGUGGAUCAGGAAAUGUCAUUUAAGUUGUGUUCAACUCUUCAUUGCCUCAUUUGGGGUUUUCUAGGCAAAGAUACUGGAGUGGUUUCCAUUUCUUUCUCCAGAUCAUUUUACAGAUGAGGAAUGAGAUGAAUAGUUAAGUGACUUGCCCAGGGACACAAAGUUAUUAAAUGUAUGAAACUAGAUUAGAACUCAGGUCUUCCUGACUCUAGGACUGGCUCUCUAUCCACUGAGCCACCUACUUGCCUCAAUAUCAGGAAAUGGCCACAUUAUAAAUUGAAAAGAUAUCAUUAAGCUUUUUAAAAAGAUAGCAUUUACUCCAAAUGUAUGUGCCCAUUAAUUGGGGAAUGGCUAAGAUUAUGGCAUAUGGAUCUAAUAGAGAAUUGCUCCAUAAAGAAUGAAGAAUAUAAGGAAAUCAGGAACAUGGGAAGACUUGGAUGAACAAAGACAAUGAAGAAAGAAGAUCUAGGGGAAGAAAACAAACAAUAAAAUAAUGAAAACAUAUUUUUGCACACAUUCAUCAUCCUAUAUUGGUUCCAGAUGAUUGAUGUGAGAAUUGGAAAACUGCAGAUAGAACAUUACUUGUUCUGUCAGUUGAAUGUGUACUUUGCUUAUGAGAUGAUGUCGUUUGGGAUAAGACUUAUCAAAACAAAUUAUUGAUAAAAAAUAUUAAUGUAUACAUAGAAGUAUAUUUUGUAUCCUCCACAAGUCCUCCUCUAAUGGCUAAUCAUUAUAGAGAAGUAUGACCUGCAUUCUCAAGGGUUAUGUGAGCAGAGGGUAAAUUGCUGCUGCUAGGAGAUGAAAAGGCUUCUGGGCUUAGACCCCACUUAGGCUGGUACUUGAACAUAAUUCACCAGAAGUUAACCAACAGAGAGGGAGGGUGGGCGGAACACAACCACCCAUGAAUUGAGGAAGAAGGACAGGAAAGUGAAGAAGUGUAGAAAUGGAUAUGAGCAACAGAAAAGAGUGGUGGAUGCCUAGAGACAUUCAGGUUAGUGGGAAAUAUUAGAUUUAAAUUAGAUAUUAAGUUUAUUUUUUUAUUAUAAAGAUAUUUCACUUUACCAAUGAAUAUGUAAUAAGUUUCAAUAUAAGUUUUCUAAAGUUACAUGAUUAAAAGUGUUUCCCUCCCCUUCCCCAUCCUGGGGCUGGCAAGCAAUCUAAUCUGGGUUAUACAUGUAUUACCAUAUAAAACAUUUCUAUUUUGUUCAUUUUUGUAAGAGAAUGAUCACAUAAAACCAGAACCCCAAAAUAAAAACUUUAAAAAAAAUUUUUUAAUUAAAUAAA